AUGGGCUAUAAGGAAUUGAAAUCAAUGACUGAUGAAAAAUUUGGAGCAUAUGGGGUUAUCCCAAAUGUUUUUCUGAUGAAUGGCAAAGGUCCUUAUGGACACCCCAUGUCACAAUCCUACGAGACCUUCAAUGUCACAAAAGGGAAGACUUACAGGUUUAGGAUAUCGAACGUAGGGACUUCACUUAGUUUCAAUUUUAGGAUUCAGAAUCACAAAAUGAUAUUGGUGGAAACAGAAGGCUCUUACACCAACCAGAUCACUCUGGAUUCUCUCGAUGUCCAUGUUGGCCAGUCCUACUCAGUUCUUGUCCCGGCUGAUGCAAACGAAACUGCUUAUUACAUUGUCGCGAGUCCUAAAUUGUUGAACAAUGCUGCUCUUCCGGGUCUUGUCGGCGUGGGACUUCUACACUAUGCUGGUUGCAAUUAUACAAAGCCUUUAGAACCUUUCUCAAGUGGACCAGAUCCCUUUGACAUUGAUUUCUCACUCAGUCAAGCUAAAUCUAUCAGGUGGAACCUGACAGCAGGAGCUGCAAGGCCUAACCCACAAGGAACCUUCAACAUAACAAAUGUGACCGUGUCUCAGACCUUCAUUCUGCAGGCCUCAAAGGCUGAGAUAGGAGGCAAACCGCGUUAUGCUGUCAAUAAUGUUUCGUAUUACAACGUAAAUACACCUUUGAAGAUUGCUGAUCAUUUUGUUAAUGGGUCUGGUGUAUAUGUUCUCGAUUGGUUUCCAACUCGUUCUGUCAACGCUGAAGCUGCUUUUGGAGUUUCUAUCGUUACCGGGAUUCACAAAAGCUGGUUAGAAAUUGUGUUCCAAAACAAUUUACACACAAUGGAUUCUUGGCACUUAGAUGGUUUCGGCUUCCACCUAGUUGGGUAUGGUAAUGGAGAAUGGAUGCCUGGAUCGCGCAACGAUUACAAUCUCUUCGACCCGGUAGUCCGAUCAACAGUCCAAGUUUACCCAGGAGGAUGGAGUGCAGUUUAUGUAUUCCUGGACAAUCCUGGAAUGUGGAACUUGAGGUCACAACACUUGAGAAACUGGUACUUGGGUCAGGAGCUGUAUAUAAGAGUUCAUAAUGCUGAUCCUAACCCUGCCAAGGAGAAGCCUCCACCAGAAAACCUACUUCUCUGUGGAAUAUUUGGUGAGAGUAAUACCCCAAUUUCUGCACCUACCCCUGUAGUUUCCUUGCCAGGAUUUUGGUGAUUGAAAGACAUUUAUCUCAGUGAUGUUUAAGGAUUUUUUCUUUUUGAGAAAAACACUUGAAAUCAAGCAUUAGUUGCAGGGAAAAAAACAUUCUGCAACAGUAAUGGAAUCAA